AUGUGUAGAGAAGCUAUAGGAAAACAAGAAAGCAAGAAGUUGGCAGAGGUAAUGCAGGAGGCAGGACAAUCUCCCUUUUCCGAGAACCUAUUAACACAACAAUUUCCAAGGAAAUUUUCCCUUCUGACGUUCACAGCUCCAUUCACUGGGAUCGGGGACGCAAUUGAACAUCUUAGAACUUACCGCAUGACCCUAACCCAGUGGGAUCAGUACGAUGUGGUGUUGUGUAAGUUUUCCCUAGAUAGUCUAAAAGACGAGGCCUUAAUGUGGUUCAACAAUUUACCGAAAGGAUCGGUUAAAUCAUUCGCUCACCUAUCAGAGUUGUUCUUAGAAACAUACAUUCACAACAACAGAGUCAAACCUGAAGUUGCCGCACUGUGUCAGUUAGCCCGAGGACCAAAUGAGACACUCCGCUCUCUGGUAACACGAUGGAGAAAAUUAUGCGCCGAGAUCGGAAGAGUCCCCGAGGCCUACGCGAUCUUGGGCUUCAAAAAUAGUCUGAGAAAGACAGACCCCAUAUUCGUCUGCAUGUAUGAAACCAUGCCAAAGAAUUUGGGAAAGCUGAGAGAAAUCCAGGAGGACUACGUGGCCCUUGAAGAACUUCAAUACGGUACUUACGAUAAACUGGUAAAAGGAACCAGUAGAGGAGCAAAUGUGGUAGAACCGCAGAACCCCCAAGUGCCAGCCCAAGGAGCAGGGCGACCCAACAACGGGUCAACCCAGUUCGAUAAACAUCGGAGUUGA